GGAAAUCAAUCUCCUAUAAAGUGGCCGGUGCUCCAGCAAACCCAUUCAUCCUAGCAGCACAGAUACAUAGUCAAAAGGUAAGGCUAGAUAAAAAAUUUUAACUCUAGCCAAAAAAUACGAAUAAUAAAUACGAAUCAAUUUAUGCCGGCGGAAAUGAAAAUUUGAUACAUUCAACCAACACCGCGCGUUUUGUAUUUGCGAAUAAAAUUACAUACUUACUUGUUUGUUCAAAAGCUAGCAACUACCCAAAUUUAUAGUUGGCUAAAUAAAUAGUUGGCUUAGCCAACUAUAAAUUGCAAAUGAAGUUAGUCAAUAUGCGGAUUGUUCUAUAAAAACGGCAAUUUUUUUCAUAUUACACUUUUUAAAGGUAAAAGGGGUUAAGGGUUCUUUGCCAUAUUAUACUUUUUACACUGACGAAUUUCAGGUAUCCCAGACAAAAAAGGAUUCUCAAAGUGUUUCCAUUUUGGAGACCUCAUCUAGUUCUGGAAAUGUUGAAAACAAGACUAGCGAGAACGACCCUCAACCUGACAAAGUUCAAAAUUUGCCCCCUCCUGACACAGUAGAAUUUGAAUUUAUGUCUUCCACGGUAAGUCUUCAAAAUUGAUCUUUUUUCAAAUUUGUUAUGAAUGAUUUUUAGAAUGUUUUGAAUUUUCAAUCAUUAUAUUUAUAAAUAGACACCAGGAAGCGAAAGCAAUGAAUCACACGAGGCCCAAGAAGUCGAAAGCGACACCCUUGAAAAUGAGACUGAAGAAACUGAAGAAAACCAGGACGAUAAAAACAUGACUUGGUUUCAAUGCGCAGGGCUGUUGCAAUAUCUAAAGUCCCAGCUUCGUAAUGUUGAAGGAAUUAUAGAUGAAGUUGAGACGGCAGAUAAUGCUAAUCAAGAAUAUUUUCUAAAUAAGGUAAUCGAAACAGUUGGUCAGGUUGAAGAAACUGCAAGCGAGCUUCUCAGAAUAUCAUCUCAAGUUCUUGAAAAGGUUGAAAAAGAGAACAUGACACUGGACGAUAGCAAUCAGAAAGCAUUCCCUACCAUGCCAUCUUUGGAUCCUGGAUUGCGAUCAAAACAUCUGACGGACAGUCAAAAAACAUACCUGAUACAAAUCGGACCGAAUCAACCAAAUUUACAGGUAUACCCAAGUAAUUCCAGCAUUGCCAAAGAAGGUCACAAGCAGUCGAGAUUUAAUCCAUCCUGGUUCAAAGAGUACCCUCACCUUGAAUAUAGUUUAUCGAAAGACGCUGCUUUCUGUUUUGUUUGUUCCUUGUUUGGAAGUGGUCCAGGAAUGGAGAAAGCAGAAAAUGUUUGGAGUACAGAAGGUGUGUGUACAUGGCAUAAAUUCAAGAGCUGUGGAAAAGCAAAGCGUGGCAAGUUGGCAACACAUUUCUCAUCUGCGUGUCACAAAAGUGCAAUGUUUGCAUAUGCAAACUUCGUGAAAACCUGUGGUCACGUCGAUGUCUUGCUUUCUAAGACCAAACGCCAUGCUCUCAUCCAGGAGGAGGAAGAUCUUGUCCGCAAUAGAAAGGUCGUCGAGAUAUUGUUGGACAUAACAAAAACACUCGGACGCCAAGGUAUCGCGUUUAGAGGCCAUGGAGACGACAAAGAAGGAAAUUUCCAUCAGAUUGUGAUGUUGAUGGCCAGGUAUUGUCCCGACCUAAAGUUCUGGUUCAGCACAACCCGGAUGCGACCAUACCGUGUCACCUAUCUUAGCCCACAGUCCCAAAACGAGUUCAUUGAACUGAUUGGUCGCCAAGUACAAAAGCGGGUUACAAAAGAAAUUAAAGAAGCUGGGAUGUACUCAGUUAUGGCUGAUACAACGCCUGAUGUAUCGCACAAAGAUCGCCUCGCGGUUGCUUGUAGGUACGUAGAUGCAAAUGGUCAGCCAAGGGAGCGAUUGAUGUCAUUGACCGAAGCUAAAGACAAGACAGGAGAAGGAGGAGCUGAUGAAAUAAUCGAGGCGCUAAAUAAGCACGAAAUGAAUUUAAACGAACUGUGUUUUCAAAGUUACGACUACACAGCUUCCAUGUCCGGACGCUUCAACGGA